AUGGGCCAGAAUCAAAGCGAUGAAGAAGAAGAAGAAGUGGAGCUAACAGAAAUCCAGCCUCUUUACACCAGAUUCAUGAAAGUGUGUCCCAGCGGAGCUCUGCAUCUGCAUGAAUUUCGCAGGAUUUUCGGCGUUCAGAGCUCAUCAGAAGAGGAGGCUUUGUACAUGGAGACCAUCUUCAAGUCCUUUGAUACAAACAGGGAUAACGUCAUAGACUUUAUGGAGUUUGUUGCCGCCGUCCAUCUCGUUUUGAGAGGAAAUCUGGAGGACAGGUUGAAAUGGUCUUUUAAAGUCUAUGAUAGAGAUGAGAAUGGAAAGUUGGACAGACAAGAGGUUAUACAUGUCAUAAGGAUCAUUUGCAAGCUUAAGAAAAACAGAAUCAACAUGACUCCUGUGGAAAUCUGUGACAGGAUAUUUGAACUUUUAGAUGAAAACAAUGAUGGUCAGAUCUCAUUGUCGGAGUUCCUGGAAGGGGCAGAAAAAGAUGCCUGGAUUAUGGACCUCCUAAAACUGGACACCAAUGCACGUGUCUGGUUCAGGGACAACUUGGGGAAGAAAACAUGA